CAACCACACCGGCAACGCAGCUUCUCGCCCUUGCAGAUAUCACCCGCUCAGAAUGCAACCCAAGGAGCAGGCAAGGCUGAGUGAAUCGCCCUAUUGACCUGGGCACACUGCAGUCCAUCAGCCAGUCACUGUCCCCGCUCGUUUCCAGAUGGAGUGACAUUCCACAACCCCUUGUCAUUCCUGUUGUCCUUCCCCCGAGAAUCCUCCUUGAGCUCACCUUGGCAACCAACGCGGCCUGCUAGUUCCUUAUUCGCCCACUUGUCCAGCAUGCCUGGGACAUUCCUCAUCUCCGUACACAAGACACCCAGCACUGCCACGCGGAGUUGAGGCGGAACGGCCCCUGUGUUGUCGUCUGUCGUCCGUCACCAGUCUACCUAGUUGUUCACAGCGCUUCAUCACUUCUGCUGAAAAAUAUUGAGGUGUUGGUGGACCAGGAGGCAGCAGCCCGUGAUAGGCAGUGCUUGAAGUGACCGAUUGGGCUCGCCUACAGCCUGACAUCCCAGCCAGCGCAAGAUGGAGUCUUCCUAAAUCUCGUCUCAUCUAUAAAUCUGUCGUAUAUUCAUGGGUCGUGAUGGCCAACGAAAAUCGCCAACAAUAUCUGACUUGCCCGUUCUGCACCUUCGGCAGCAAUGAUAUCGACUCUCUCGAGAGGCACGUGCAGCAUCUUCAUGGCAGCCGACAGCCUGACGGUCAACAGCAUUACGAUGCCGCAUCCCAGCUAAGCGAUGCCGACUUGGCCCAACUUCUUGCCUUUGAGGAAGCAGGCUUGCCUGCCGAACUAGCCCUACCAGACCGUCCGAAUGUUCCUGCCCGUGGUGAAAUUCAGGCAGCGGAAAGCGCAACGAAUCUACAAGAACCGCCUUCAUCCUCUCGCGUUGCAAAGGAAGAUUCAUGGGCACAAUGUGUCUGUGGCGAACGCGUACAUUUUCUCGAGCUCGAUGCCCAUUCGGACAUGCACGCUCAGGAGAGUGUUUCCAUGGAUGAUGCUGAUAUACCAAGCAGUGAUGUCGAGCUUUGGACACCCGAGUCAACUGCUGAACGCCCAUUAGCCAAUAUCUCAAACUCGUUUAGCACUAAUAUCCCAAAGUCUCUUCGAAACUACGAUCAGAUACGUGAGAACACCACUCCUCCUCGUAGCGAAAAGAGACGCGGUCCUUCUCUCAAGGAGAUCUUCCUCGGCACUUCCGCAUUUCCUAAGAGGAAAUCAGCCAUUUCGGCCGCCUCCACAAAGCUUGGGCAGACGAAACAGCUCGGAAGGUCGGAAUUGGGUCCUUUCGCCCAUGAGCAGCAGAUGCCGAAAUGGUUGCGCCGAAUGCUCGAGCGGGGUGCCAAAGUCACGAUAGUUCACAGAUACGGCCCCGACGGCACGUUGACCAGGGUCGAAACUGUCGCCAACGAGACGCCUAACCUGGUCCCUGUUCUCUCUCGGCUGUCUCAGCUGGACAGAACGGUCGAACGUGCAUUUUAUUGCAGCCCUCAAGUUCUCCACGUGUGCAAGAUGCUAGGGGAGGGUGGCUUCUGUGGCUAUCGCAAUAUCCAGAUGUUGGUGUCCUACAUUCAAGCCACGGACGCUAAUGGCGCCGAGAACUUUCGGGGAAGACUGCCGUCUAUACUGAGACUUCAAGAUAUGAUUGAAAAUGCUUGGGACCUGGGCUUCAACGCCAGCGGGCGUGAGGAGACUGGCGGCAUUAAAUUCACUCGAAAAUUUAUUGGCACGCCGGAGGCGCACGCAUUAUUUUCGAGUCUUGAUAUCCCUUGCGAAUCGACCGGCUAUUCCACCACAAAGGAGGUCGAGGGCUUCGAGACAAUGCUUUGUGCUGUCUGCGAGUAUUUCGACGAUGACUCGACCAAAGACAGCGUCGACAAAGUGGUCCUUACGGACAAACCACCAAUCUACUUUCAGCAUCGUGGCCAUUCCCAGACUAUUGUCGGGGUCGAGCAAAGGCUAAAUGGCGCUGUCAAUUUGGUCGUUUUCGAUCCAAUGUUCCACCUCAGCCCUGCACUCAAAAAACUUGCCUUUUCACGUUGCACUACGUUCAGAUGUGCUCAGCCUGAAAAGCUUCUGAAAGCUCACCGGAGAGACGAGAGAUAUUUGGAGAGCUACAAAGACUUUGAACUUUUUAGGUUGAAGAUGGGACAGCCGUAACAUGCGGGAGCACCAUGCAUUGUUUCUCAUCAUCAUCCCUGAUCCACCCGAGAGGCGAGCAUUGAUAAACUCGUUCAUUGCUGCCUAGGGCUUUUUGAGGAUCUUUCUUCGACACUGCAUUGCGAGGGGGAUGCUGAGGGAGUUUGGUCGAACAGAUGACUAUUGCAGAGCAGCUGGAUGGCAGGAUGGAUGAACCGGUUGUGAUAUAUUUGGGGCAUCUCUGGGAAGGUAUUGAUAGGAUUCUUCAACAAGUUGGCAGGAACACUUUAAUUUGUGUACACGUCGCACUCCAGUGCCCGCUCCUGAGCCUGAGAUAUUGCUCUCGCUGCUCUUAUUGACGCUCGGAUUCGAGUUCCGUGCAUUCCUUUUGUGACUUCAUCAGGCUGUAGGCGAUGUCAAAAAAGAAAAUGGCAUAGUCUGACAAGAAAGGGUAUAUAUCUGGAUAUGAGUGAAGUAGCAGUGAUU